AAAAAAAAAGACGUGAGAAAAAAAACUAUUACUUAUAAGAGCGAAACUGAUUCAAACGUGGUCUAAUACCAACUACUUCAUACCACGAGAGAUUUCAAAAUGACCACUACCGGCCUUCAAGCUAUAAAGUUUGAUAAAGAAAACAUAACUUUGGAAAUAUUGGACCAACUUUUGCUUCCAUAUUCAACGACCUAUAUUCCAAUCGAGUCAAUAAACGAUGCUUUUGAAGCUAUCAAAUCAAUGAAGGUUAGAGGAGCUCCUGCAAUUGCUAUUGUAGGUGUUUUCUCUGUUGUUGUCGAUACUCAUAGAUACUUAAACUCCAAAGAAGAAUCACUCAGAGAUAAAUCCAUCCAAGAUUUGAUUUCAUCAAUUGACUACUUGAUAACUUCAAGACCGACCGCAGUUAACCUUUCUAAUGCUCUUAAUGACAUCAAGUCUAUCUUGACUAAAUCAUACAAAGCUCAAACGUUGGUUAAUAAGAGUGUGUUAAAUGAUAUUUAUGACUACUCUGUAGCAUUGUAUGAAGACGAUUUAUCCAAUAACUUCAAACUUGGUGAUAAUGGUUUAAACUAUAUCACUGAAACUCUUAAAUCUCAAAACUUCAAGGGACCUUUUUCAAUCAUGACUAUUUGCAAUACUGGUUCUUUGGCUACCUCAGGUCAUGGAACUGCAUUAGGGAUCAUAAGAACCGUUCACGAAAAAUUAUCCAAAUCAUGCGGUCAAGACUUUUGGUUAGAUCAUGUUUACCCUCUUGAGACAAGACCUUAUAAUCAAGGAGCUAAGUUGACCACUUUCGAGCUAGAUUAUGAAAAAAUCCCCUUCACAUUAAUAUGUGAUAAUAUGGCCUCGUCGUUGAUUUCCUCUUUAGCGAAGGAAAAGGUGGUUAAAAACCUGUCUGCUCCAGUCAAAUUUAUAAUCGUUGGUGCUGAUAGAAUUGUAGAAAAUGGUGAUACUGCCAACAAAAUUGGUACUUUUCAAUUGUCCGUUAUUGCAAAUGCUUUUAAUCAUGCUUUUCAAGAUGAAUCUAAAAAAAUCAAAUUCAUUGUCGCUGCUCCAAGAACUACUAUCGACUUGAAAACUAAGACUGGCGAUGACAUCAUAAUUGAAGAAAGACCCCCAAAUGAAUUGACCACUUUGAAAGGUCCAAUCCUCUCUAAUAACUCCAUAGGAGAUAAAGUUACCGUUGGAAUAUCUACCCCAAACAUCAGUGUUUGGAACCCUAGUUUCGAUGUUACUCCUCAUAAUCUUAUUGAUAGCAUUGUUACUGAAGAACUCCCAGUGCAUACCAAGAACCCUAAAGGUGAAUUUGAUUUAAGUAGUAAUUAAAAUAUACAUUAUUUAUUAUCAUUAAAAUAACCGUGUAGCUAUGACUUUUUGUAUUCUAUUAAAGU